UGCAGUCAGAGUGUAUGCAGCAGGCACAGACAGCCGGGCUUUUGCUGAAGCACAGGAGUUGUUUCUGCCUUCAGAGGUAAUUUUUUAUUUUUAAGCAGCAGCAGAGGGUUGGCACUUCGGAAUAAUCCCUGGAUGAUACAUGAAAAGUAAGGUCAGAGGAGGAGGGGAAAACGAAUGUUGCGCAACCUGGUUUUUCGUCUUCCUGAACUGUGAGUGAGCUUGGAACACCUGAACCUGAUAUGCCAACUGAAAUCUCCCAUGCGGUGAGAAUGCAUGCCAUCUCCGGCUUCCAUUCCUCGCUAACAGUGCGGCUUCUCAACAGAGGUCCCGAGUACCUUCGCAAGCAGAUGGAGGCAAGCACCCCUGGCAGGAAAAGUGCCGUGGAGAGACUGGCAGCGGAUAAGGCCAAGUAUGUAAAAAGCCAGCAGGUAAUCAGCGCUAAGCAGGGGCUGAUUUCUACCCCCAGUUCUGCUUCGGAGAGCAGUUGUGAGAGCAGUUCUGUGAAAAGCAAAAAGGUCAACGACAACUUGGGGGAGGGGAAGAGUGUGGAGCAAGCUAAGUUGGUGGACUCUGGCCCGGCUCUCCUUGAACACGGCCCUCCCAUCACGAGGCGCAGCAGCUCCAAGAGGCAAAUCAGACCAGACUCUUUAGUCAUCUAUCGCCAGAAAUGUGAAUUUGUGAGAGGCCAAAGCAAUGAGAACAGUCGUGGGAGUUUAGUCAGAAGGCUGUUCCAGGGAUCCUUAAAAGAAAAGCAGCUGGUUCCUGAGACGCCCAAAGCCAUUAUCAAUGAAGACGUUACACCUGCGACAGAAAGACCGCUACUGAUUGCAGAUGUGGGCAGUAAACUUGAUGAGACAGGGCAGAAUACGACCGCAAGGACAGGUGCAGCAGCCAUUCUUGCCAACAGAUGUGAGAAUGCUUCAAACCGGAUAGCAGAGCCUCCUGAAGCGAGGAGGAGAGGUCUGCACCGGUCCCAAUCAGACAUCACUUCCCGAUACUCAAAAUCUUUCUCUGAGUUUGAAACUUUCUUUAAGUACUGUGGACUUGAGCCUGAAGUAAUAGAGGACCUUGGGCAGGAGAACUUCUCCGUGGCUUCUGACAACGUCUCUUUCCGGAUCCGCAGCAUCAGUGUGGCAACAUCAGAAAGUGACUUCACCAGGCACAGUGGUGACGAUGGGUUGCUGGAAGAAGAACUCACAGAGCAGCUUCCCACGGGUCUGUCAGUGAUUGAACGCAACGCUCGGAUAAUCAAAUGGUUGUACACGUGUAAGAAAGCCAAAGAGAGCAAAAGUGUGCUGCAGGAGUUUGCAUGAUGUCUUCCCUUCCCAAAAUGAGUUGCAGCUAGAACUGAAGUAUUCUCUGAACUAUUCAAAACACGGACUUGCAGGAAACAUUUCUGCCAUUCUGCCUCAGCUGUGUAAUAACCUGCAACUCUUCGCUUGACUGAACUGCAGCCUGAGUCUGGGAGUCCGUAAUAGUUUCUGAAAUAGAAGGAACAACCAUUCUGAAACCUAUAGAUCUGCAAGUCAUGGCCCCGUAACGCCACUGUGAACAAAUUGAAGAUUACAACUGAGCUGGUUCACGCACAUCUGGAUUUUCUGAUUAGCCGUCUUUCAGCAAAACAGAAACCUGGAAAUGAUAAUCUCCAAGCGCUGCUUCCUAUAGGAUGAUUUCCCACAUGAAUGUCACUGAUAUAUCAGGAAUAAUUGAAUAUCCACUACGAAUGUUAAAUACAUGACUCAUUUUUGCUGAGUGUUGAGAAGUUGCAAAGAGCAGCAAUUUCCAAAGAAUCUACAAAGAACAAAAACCAGGUGUGCAUAGCUGUCUCUGGAGCCUCAUGGCGCAGCAUGGUAAGCUGCAGUACUGCAGUCAAAAUGUUGCUCAUAACCUUAGUUCGAUCCCAACAGAAGUCAGGUAACUGGCUCAAGAUUGAUUCAGGCUGGUAAAAGUAGUACCCAGCUUGCUGGGGGUAAAGUGUAGCUCACUGGUCAAGGCAAUAGCAAACCAUCUUGUAACAGAGUCUAUCUAGUAAAUGUCACAAUGUGAUGUUACCCCAUGGGUCAGUAACGACCUGGUGCUUGCACAGAGGACUACCUGUACCUUUUUACAAUUGUCUUGUGUUAUUGAUAUAUGUAUGAUUUUCCAACUUGCAACUGGCAUUUCAGCUCAGUUCAGACAGAACACAAAACAAUGGCUUAUAUUGUUACUAUGGUUAGUUUGUGGAACCAAGAAUCAUCUCGCAGACAAUCAUUUCAGUCCUAUUUUACCCAAACAAGUGCUGCUUUUAUUAACUUUGCUCUGGCUGAUGUAUAUCAGGGUUCACAUCCCAGUUUGAUGGACCUUGAACUGUAACAGGGUGGAGCCAUAGCUUACUGGUGCAUCACGUAGGUCAGCGGUUCUCAACCUGUGGGUUGCGACCCCUUUGGGAGUUGAACGACCCUUUCACAGGGGUCGCCUAAGGCCAUCAGAAAACACAUAUUU